UUAUGCUCAAGUACUAGCCCGUCUAUCCGACCACUGGCGUUGGUUGUUGAUACAGAAUGCAAAGUCUUGCAGUUGGCACUGAUAUCUAACCAAGAUGUCGGACGAGGCUGAUGAAGGAACUGACCAGGCUGAAGGGAGCAUAGCUGAGUCUGCUGAGCUUCAGAACAAUGAGCGUCUUGCAGAAAUUAAAAGUGAACUUGAAGUACAGCCUUCAAGUAGCAAUAAGAUAGAUCAACAGCCAUCUCAGACAGAGAGAGAAGGACCAGAUGGAGAGGAGGGUGCUGCAGAAAAAGAGGAAGAUGCAGGUGCUGAGCCAGUUCCUGACCGGCUGAUCAAACUGACACCAUCACAGCAAGAGAUCCUGAAUGACAUUGAGCCUCCACUCACCAGCCGGACAGAUCUGCAAAUAGUGGUUGACUCAGAUGACGUCUUGCUCAAAAAGGCCUAUGAAGCAGUUAAAAGCAACUUUAAUGAGGCUAAAGUGCAAUCAGAGCUGCGGAAGAUGUAUGAUCUUUAUCAAGAAAGUCAAGUUCAGAACAUGUUAUUAGCUAACACAGUUCACAAAUACUUAGAAAAGAUAGACCGCUAUGAGGCACGUCACAAACGGGACCCAAGGGUUAUGGCAGCUCUAAAUAUGAGCCAAAGACAUAGAAUUAACAUUUUGGAACUUGAUGAAGAGAAAAAAGAACUUCAAAAUGAGCUUCUUCAAACCAAAGUUGACCUAAAACAAGCAGAAGAUUUCGGUAAAGGCAAGGUGAAGGAAAUAAAUAAAUUGAUGGAGGAAAUAAAAAAACUGAGGGAAAUUGAAAAACAAUCUGAAGCAAUAGAAACUAAGCUGAUGAGUAAAGAAAAUGAGAUACAGAACCUAAAGGAAAAAUUUGAAGAUGAACUUAAUCGUUCAAAUACUCAAAGGGUAAAAGAAAUCUCUGAACUCAUGACAAAGUUUGCAGAUGACCAGUCAACUAGGCCAUCAUUGCCAGAAAAGAAGUCACUUGUUCAAGACCAGCUGCGUCAAGAAAAAUUAACGCUAGCAAAGGAACUGGAAGAAUGCAGAAGAUACCUCAGAAUUGUUGACGAUGAUAGACGAAUAAAAACUGAUGCGCUGUUGACAAGCAGAGACAAAAACAGAAAUUUACAAAGAGAAAUACGUACCCUGAAAAAAUUAUCUAACACUUGUAAAACAGAAGCGGCACAUUUAGAGAAUCAAAAAUCAUCUUUAUACUCUAAAUGUGAUUCUCUUCAUAUAGAUCUGAAAAGAGUUCAAGGUCAAUUUGAAUCUUGCAACAACGCUAAUCAUGAUUUAAACAGUAAACUUACAGCAAUGACUCUUGAGCACAGAAAAAUGACAUCUGAGUUAAUUGACACUAGGAGACUUCUAGAUCACCAAGGAAGAGAACUCAUACAGAUGAACCAAAAGGAGACAGCUAGACAAAAUGAAAUCAGCAAACGUGAUUCUGAAAUAGAUCAUCUUGAGAAAUUGUUAAAAAUAAAACAAGAUCAGAAUGAUACACUAACAGCUAGGUGUGUUGAUUUGUUACACAAAAAAGCUAAAGUGGCUCAUCUAUUGAAUCUCUCUGAAACCAAUGCCAUGGUUCUUGUGAAAGAGCUGACAGCUAUGCAUGAGGAAAUACAACGCCAGAAACAAAUUGUGAAAGAACUUGUUGUUAAGAAAAACCACUUACAUGCCAAUUUGGGAAUCAUCAAGAAUCAUUAUCUGGAUACAGCAGAGAAAAGCCGUCUAUUAACCAGAGAGGUGGAGGCUCAUAAAGACUUUGCAAAUAAAAUGGAUCUAAAAAGAAUGGAGACAGAAUCUAAGCUGGAGAGUCUAAUGAGGACUAACAUAGAACUCUAUAAUGAGACAAAUACACAAGCAGAAAUUGAACAACUACAAGUGCUGCAGUUCAAACAGAAAAAUAAAGAGAUAAAAGGAUUGCAGUCCAUGAACAAAGAGAAAGAGGAUUUUAUUCUGAAAAUGGAGAGCAAUACAAAAGACUUACAUCAUCAAAUAGAACAGCUGGCAGCAGAAGUGAUCAGUUUAAAAGCACAAGUGGAGGAUGGGAAGGCUAAAAUUUUAGUCAUGACUGAAGAGAUUAGGAUUAUGAUAUCCCAAAUGCGAAAAGCAUGGCACACUAUCAAAGAAUACAAAAGCUUCAUUGAAUCGCUUCGUAGAAAAAGAGAUCUAUUUGGAGCAAAGUUGGUCCAGGCUACCGUUGAGCUGGAUUUACUCCAUAAGAAGAUUGAAAGAUCAGAGAAAGUGAUGAAGAUGUCUUCAGCUGACCAUAAAAAUAUGAACAAUGAUUUGUAUAUCCUCAAACUGGAAAUCAAAAGUUUACGAGCGAAGUUGAGAAACCAUGAAGUCUGUCAAUUUGUGAUCACAACUUUAAGGCAAGAACUUUCAAAAACUGCAAAGCUUUUAGAACUAGAAAAGGCCAGAAAUGUGGCACUAGUGGCCACUAGAGAACCAAUCAUACAUCGCUGGAGAGCUCUUCUGGCCUCAGAUCCUUCCAAGUAUGAGCUCUAUAUUAAGAUUAACAAACUGACGCAACGUUUGAUAAACAAAACAACAGAAGUUGUAGAAAAAGAGCAGCUGUUACAGAAUAAAGAUCUGUGUUUCAUGGAACUUCGUGCUCUAAUUCAGCGCCGUCAAAUGCCCUCUCUAAGUAUAGAGAUGACGCUGGCUAAGAAUACAAUAAGAAAACAGCAAAGACAAAUUCAGGCCAUCACAGCAGAGCUGAAUAUGGCAACUGAUGAUCUCUCAAAGCAACAACUGUUGACCAACAAUCAAAAGAAAGAGAUUGAUAAAACUAAGAAGAAAGUAGUGAUCCAACAAAGGGUUAAUCGCACGCUGCAAGAGAAAUGCAACAGACUUCCUCCCAUCAACCUGAGACAGCACCUGAAUCCAAUGAAUCAGCUAACACAAGGUUUAUAGUCAACCUCUAUCAUUAAUGUAGGCUAAUAUAGGUCUUGAGUUUCACAAGCCUCUUUUUAAAAACUAUAAUGAAUAAACAACUAAACACUAUUAGAUAUGGAUGUAUCUAAAUAA